AUGUCAUCGAAAAGUUUUGAAAAGCCAUUAUCAGAAAUUGGUAAGAUAUUUAAAAAACUUAAAAGAAUGUCAUAUCAUCAUAACAGUCAUCCUCAAGAAGAUAAAACAAAAGAAAAAAAACAAAAGAAAUCACAUAAAAAAGCAACAAAAAGAGCUAAUAUGAUUGAUAAAAAUAUCUCUACUUCUUCUUCUAAUAAUAGUUAUGUUAAUAUUAACAAUAAUGUAAUUGGGCUUUAUGAAAAUAAACUUCGUAAAAGUGUUUUAAAUCAACAUCACCUAAAACUUUUAACCGAAGAAGACGAAGAUGAAAAUGAAGAGUAUGUAAAAUAUAAUAAUAAUGAUAAUGGCAUUAAAAAUAUUGAAUACGAUGAUAAAGUAUAUGAAGAAGAAAAGGAUGACAAUGAAGAAGAAGAUGAAAUAACUCAACCAAUUCAACCAAUUCAUAAUAAUAAUAAUAACAAUAACAAUAAAUAUUAUAAAUCUAAAAAAUCAAAUGAAAAUUUGAUAGUGUCAAACAAUAAUAAUAAUAAUACGAUACUAAUAGAGAAAAAAAAUGAUAAUAAUAAAAUAUUAUAUGAUGAUUGUGAAAAUUGUUCUAAUAAUUUUAAUUCAUGGAAUUGGUGCCAACCUUGUAAUUCAAAACGUUUUGAAAAAUCAUUUUCCAAGUGGACAUCCAACUCAUUCAUAAUAGAUAAAUUUAUACAAAAAACACAACUAUCUUCAAAAGGACAUUUUAACAAAUUAGAAUGGAUACCAUUCGAACGAUUUAAAGAUAUUAAUUUAAUAAAUAACGAAAGUUUCUCGAGUACUAUAUAUGAAGCUAUUUGGAUUGAUGGUGAUAUAUUGAAUUGGAACCACGAAAAAGGUGAAUGGAUGAAAUUCGGUCAGAAAAAAGUCGUUUUAAAAACAUUGGAAAAAAUUACGAUAGAUGAAGGAUUUUUUGAUGAGAUAGAAAAAUGUUUGGCAAGAUUGGAAUUUGACGAAUGUACAAAUUUAAAUCUUUAUUUUGGGUUUACACAAAAUCCGAAAACAAAAAUAUAUAUGAUAGUAAUGGAUUAUGCACCUGAUGGAAAUUUACAUCAAUUUAUUAAGUCAUCAAGCUAUUAUAAGAAUAUAAGUUGGUUUGACAAAAUAAGCUUGUUGUAUAAUAUUUCAUUUGGAUUAAAGGAAUUACAUGAUAUUAAUAUAAUUCAUGGUAAUUUACAUCCUGGAAAUAUAUUACAACAUUAUAUGGUACCAAAAAUUAGUGAUUAUGGUUUAUUUAAAAAUGUUUCUAGGCAAAUUUUAAAUAAUUUUUUGGAAACAUAUCAUGGAUUUAUUCAAAAUGUAGACGAAAUAAAAGAUGAUGAAGGUGGUGGUGGUAAAAGUGGAAGAACUCCAAAAUCUUUAUUAGAUUUAAUGAAACGUUGUUGGGAUAAAAAUCCUGAUAAUAGACCAAGCGCUUUUGAUCUGUGUAGAGAAUUUUCGAAAUUUGAAUGGUGGACUAUAGAUCAAAGAAUUAAAAAAUACAAUCAUGAUGACGGUGAUGAUUCAUUAUGA